AUGAAAUAUCGUCGCGGUUGGGUUCCUACCAGUUACCUGGCUCCUGCCAACGUAUUGUCGGAUCCAAAUCAGCGCCGAAGUGGACCCGUCGUUUCACCGGAAGCCAUGUUCCCUUCUGUGGGUCCGGCCCCUUCAGUGGAACGAUGUGAUGUAACUGGAAUGGAUCCAAACAGUGGUCUUGUUUCGGGUCCGAAUCCUGCAUUAUUGAUGCGCCCAGAUCAACUUGGCCAUCGGUUACACCCACCUGCACAGCAAACUCAGCAGCAACAAUUUGCAUCCCAACUUAAUAUGGUCGAUUCUUCUCCAGUAGGCUUACAGGGUCCGAGUCUUACCUUGUAUCCUUGGUAUCACGGCGCCGUAUCGCGCCAAUCAGGCGAACAGCUGCUACGCAGUGGGAUUACGGGUUCAUUCUUGGUUCGGGCAUCUGAGUCUGCUCCCGGACAGCUUUCUGUCACGGUACGCCAUCUUGGUCGUGUCUAUCACUAUCGGAUCAGUCAAGAUGCUCGCGGUUUGGUAAGUACUUCUUAUUAUGACAGCUUUACUUGA